UCGGCGGCAUCCGCCGCCAGAGCGCCGCGCGCGUUUCCUGUCCAUUCCGAGCCGUCCAACAUGGCGGAGCUCGAUUAGUUUCGAAGUGGGAGUUGUCGCAGAGACGUUGCAGUUCGCCGUCUUGCGCGGGCACUCAGUCUUGUGGCGGCCGUUCAAGCCUCGCUGCCGGUCGACAUGACGCUGACAGAAGGCUCCCGCAAGCGUCCCCGCCCAUGCAACGACGAGAGCUGCGAGUUCAUGCCCAUAUCAAAGAAGAUAAACAACCUCAGGAUACGGGUCAACUCCCAUGACACGGUGGACGAAGACACGAGCUCUUCGGGUGGCUCCUGCCCCGACCAUGCCCAGCUGGCAUCCAUGGUUGCCAACGGCAUCGACAACCCACACUACGGAGCCAUCAACCGGCUCCUCUACGAAGCGCACAUGCAGAGGCAGCAGCGAUUGCUCGGCGCCUCCCAUCAGCGACUCCCAGAGCACUGUCCCGGACCGAGCCAACUGUGACCGCUUCGGCGGUGCCUUCAGCGGACGACUACGGACGACCACGAACGCUUAGGGUUUUAGAGCUGCCGACGGCAGCUGUUUUACCGUGACAACGCAGCGCUGUUUAUGUAAGGAUGUGAUCGCGGACGAGUCGCAGUGCAAGAUGCGCACGCCCCGUUCGACGUCUGCAAGCCGGCCACCUCUGCACAUCCCUGCAACCAUUUGUGCCGUUCUUGUAAACGUGACGUGAGCAGUUGUACUGGCUGCUUCAUUCCAAGGGUGUUUCCCAUCUGCAAUUGCGUCGCAGCUCUCGGGUGAUUUUUUUUUUCCUUCUUUUUUUUCACUCUCUCUCCUUUUUCCCCCACCCGUCGCUGCUGCAAGUGAAUCCAAGCUACACGGCAGACCUGCCUCAUCGCAUCGCCUGUGUUCAUUAACGAAAAAUUGGACAGUGCUAGUAAUACA